CCACAGCUGCUGUGGGGUCUGGGUCUCCUAGAGAUGAGUCUGGCAAGUGAGAAGGGACAGGUCUUGAUUGUGGGAAAGGAGAAGCGUCUGCUGGUCUGAAUGGUGAUGUGCAUGUGACACAUGCCCUACACGUGACACAUCUCCUGAACAUGCAGAAGGUCCAGCCAGAGGGAAGGAACCAAAGUGCAGUCCCAGAGGCACACCUGCCUCCUUCCUGGGGCACUCUUUAUUGUUCCUCUGAUAGAGACAGAUGGGAGUUAUCUGGUCAUUCUGUGCAUGUGGCAGCAGUUCCAUGCUUGUUCUGCACCCUUUUAUCGUAUCGUGGAUUACACAUUCACCACCCAGCACAUUAAAUAAAGAUCCACAGUGGGGCUGUGGCACAGAUUGCUUGAAAGUGCAGAGCGGGUGCUGGAGCUCUGGUGCUCUUGGGGAUUUCCUUCCCUGGAAGCCCUCAGCUGAUCCCUGCAGGAAUGGCCCCGGGGCUCAGUGCUUCUCCACCAGUUGUGCUUCUGCUCCUGUCCCUGCUGGGUCUGGCUGCUGCUGGGAAGCUCCUGGUGGUGCCAGUGGACGGGAGCCACUGGCUCAGCAUGCGGGAAGUGGUGGACAUCCUGAGGCAGAGGGGACAUGAGGUGGUUGUGGUGGCACCUGAAGUCUCCAUGCACAUCAAACCAUCCAAGAACUUUGUGAUGAAAAGGUACUCGGUCCCCUACACAAAGGAAGAGAUGGAGAAAGAUUUCAAGGCAUUUUUUCUUGGUUCAUUUGAAGUAGGAACUUCUUUUGGAAGAUUUUUUCAUAUGCGUGAAGGUAUGAAAACAAUCACUGCUUUUUGGGUCUCCAGCUGUAGACAUCUCCUGCAAAACAAAGAGCUCAUGAGCUAUCUUGAGGAGAGCAAGUUUGAUGCCAUCCUGACAGACCCUUUUGUGCCCUGUGGGGCUAUCCUGGCUGAGCAUCUUUCACUUCCUUCCAUGUAUUUCUUACGUGGAAUCCCAUGUGGGUUAGAUUUUGAAGCCACUCAGUGUCCCAAUCCUCCUUCCUAUGUCCCCAGGGUAUUUACAGACCUUACAGACCGCAUGACCUUUCUCCAGCGAGUGAAGAAUCUGCUCUUUGAAAUCCCAAAUGUUUUCCUCUGUGAUUUUGCCUUUGAACCCUACUCAAGACUGGCUUCAGAGUUCCUGCAGAGGGAGGUGACUGUUCUGGAUCUCUUACGGAAGGGCUCUAUUUGGCUCCUGAGGUUAGAUUUUGUGCUCGACUACCCAAGGCCUUUGAUGCCCAACAUCAUUCCAAUUGGAGGAGUAAACUGUGCUCACAAGGAGCUGCCCCAGGUGGGUCACACUCUGUUUUGAAUUUGUGCUGUGAUGGAUUUCUGUGUUCAGGAAGCUUGAAUUUUGUGUUGUUCUAAUCGAGUUUCCCAUUUCUGGUGAGUGAGGUGAGUCCUCAUGAAAGGAACUGUUUUUCUCUCACUUCUGACUUUCCACAUCCUGUGUAGGCAGCUGAUCCUUCUGGCUUUGAAUCUGUUCUCAGUUGAAGGGAAUCACCAGGGUCUUAUGGUGAAGGUCUGUGAUGGGCUGUUGAUUCCAUCAGCAAAGGGACUGUGGACAUAAUUUGUGGACAGUAAGACGAAGUCUUGGGUUUCUUCUAUGACCAGCUCCAAUGGGAUGUCCCAGACACUGUUAAAGCUCUUUCCUGGCUCCCAAUCCCUGAUUGCUGGAGCAUGUCUGAUUUGACACAUCCAGUACAGCUUGACUGUGAGUGAGGGUUUGGGUGUAGUGUUCUGCAUGAUACCAACUGCUCCAAUGUGCCAUGUGCUGGGGGUCCCUGGGAUGCUGGCAAGAGCCCUGUGAGUGUUCCUCCUGGACAGCUUGCUGUUCUUCUCUGGGGGAGAACCUGGCGAGUUGGGUGAGUACUUUUGGUGCCCUGGCUUCCUCUUCAUUCAUAUUCCGUAGGAAUUGUGUGGUGCAGGGCAGGAUCACAAAGGCCAACAUGUGGCAAUUCCACCCAGCUUGAAGUACAGAGAUAGCUGGGACAAUUUACGGACAUCCCCAUGCACAGUGCGAUUGGCCACCUGAGCAAUCACACAACUCCACCACUGCCAGACACCAUGGGUGCUUUGUCAGGGAUCAAAGCAAGGCCAGAAUUAGGCUCUGAAGUGUUCUGUGGAAAGUCGCCCUCAAAGAGAGUUUGUAAAUCUCUGCUCAGAAACCUGGCAUCAUGCUUCCACCUCUCCUGCCUACUCAGUCUGGGAAACAUCUUAAAGAGCUGCUCCACAG